AUGGACCAUAACCGAUCUCCUUCCUACGCUUUCGGCGCACGCUCGAACCGUCGCGCUUCUACUCAGUUGACCAUCGAUGAAGAGGGCCGAAAACCUUUGUUCUCCAAAUCGUCGAGAGAGAGCCUCGAACCGCGCAAUCCUGCGCAGACGAUACUAGGAACCAAUCGCUUUGGCUACUCGCCAACGAACAACAACACCAAUCCUAAUGGCAAUCUGACUGGUCGCCCACCUUCACGAGCCGCGAUUCCACGACCAUCAAGCUCUGCUUCGCAGACACCCUCGAUCAACUCAAACCAUUCCGCUGAGAUCAGCUCUCCCGGCUCCCGUAUACCACGACCCAAAUCGACAAUCGGAAUAUUUGCCAAAGGCACGGGUGCCUCUGUCGCUGAGGCUUGGAAGCUGGCGGACGAGAACCGCGUCCAUACUCUUGAAAGGGCGCGAAGAGCCUCUCCCGCUAUUGACGCGUCCCCCAGUCCUGCUCCGCGGCCCUACAUCAGCCGACAGACUCACGACGACGCCAAAACACGACGAACGUUGGGAAAAGAUGCAGUCGACUACGCCCGCCCCAGACCCCUUUCAAGACUGUCGAGCGACUCUUUGCGCGACAACUAUGUAGCGCGAUAUGGAAGCAGCCCCGGAUCGCAAAACAGUCUCUCGAGCUCCGGAAGCUUUGACCGUCGCCUCAGUCAGUACGAGCGCGAGAUAAGCCAAUCGCCGAGCGCUUCACGGGAGACAGACAACCUCUUCGGCAAAAACAAAACAGGACCUAGAAUCUCCGAGACAGGACACAUUUUGGCGAGAAGGACAAGCAGCAGCAGCCUUAACGGAGCCCAGAGCCUGGGUCGAAGGGCGAGCAACAGCAGCUUGAAUGGCGGCCAGAACUUGGGUAGGAGAACAAGCUAUGGUAGUCUGAGCAACAAUCCCCGUCCCGGGGCUUUCGCAAAGAGUCACGUCCCCGAAGGCCGAAUCAAGGAACUCUUGCAGCAGGAUGAAAUGGGUAUUAAGCGAUCCAUCGGCGCGAAGUCAGGCGAGGAAAGCGCGGCCGACACGCCACUCCCCUCCAUCGAGGCAGCUGCUCUUCCACAGGAACCUACCCCACCAACGUCUCGGCCGGCUUCUGCGAACCCGGAAAUGUUGUCACCGGAGAAGAGCUAUGCCUGGCAGCUCGAUGCAGAUUUCACAGCAGGAGACUUGCAAGUUUCGGACAGCCCACGCAUAACAAUGGGUGGCGCGGCGUUCAGCGAAGUCUCGAAUCGACGAACCCCUGCCAGCAGCGCAUACACUGACCCAAGAAGCUCCGUUGGCCCCGACGCGGACGGAUCUUCCAGGUGGAACUCACCAAUCGGGACCACUACUAGAGCAGGGCGGUCGAACAAUAGGAUUGACGAGAUCCGCCAGCGGGAAGAAGAGGCUAACGCAGAGCUCACGGAGCAACGAAAGCGGCAGUCGCGAAUUAGGAACAUGAAGCUGCAAGGAAUCAGUGAGAGAGAAGCUGAGGCUGAAGCUGAGAUGGCUAAGCAGUCAAGGGCCCAGCUGCGUUCACAUUACCCAACUCCCGACGACCUUCCGGUUCACGAAGAUGCGGAGGAACGGCCCCGGCCGAAGAACACGAAGCUUGACGAUAUACGCGCGCGAGAAGCUGAGUCCUUGUCAAAGAAGGCCAUGGCUUCCAGCCGACUAGAGGAAAUCCGGGAGCAAAACUCCAUGUCAAGGUCUAUGUCGCCAGAGGCUCGGCGCAGCAGCGAGUUUGUCAGAGAUUCGACGCCUGUUCGCGAAACACAAGGGGAGGAUUUAGAUGCAGCAGAGGAGGCUGGCGAGCAUAUACCCAAUACCCCAGUCACUGUGUACCACAGCUAUAUGACUUCCAAUGAGAGGAAGUCGCAUGGCACGUCUCCAAAGGAGACUCGGAAGGACGUGGCAAGCCCCAAAUCUGCGCUGCCCCAGAUAUCACACACGAGGACAGACUCUAGGGACUUACUUCAGAGACUUGCGAGAGCUGCUAGCAGCAGCCCUGGCUCCGAGACUCAAGACCAAGCCGCAGUCACAAACGAGGUGAAGAAACUUGACAGUGACGGUAGCGAGAAGGUGGAGAGACGUGGCGAGGAUAAGGUCAGCCGGCGUGAUUAUGCAAGUCUUCAGAGUCACCAACCGGACGAACCCGAGGGCAAGAUCAAGGACACAGCGGCUGUGGUGGAACAGACAGAAACAGAGGAAGAACCCCUUAAGGAGGCCGGAUUUCGACGACGCAGAAGCGAGCGUAGAAGUGAGUCCGAAAAGCCGGUUCUAGAGUCGGCACCGAAGGUUGAUCCGCCGCAACCCAGUCUCGACACUAAAGCUCCCGAAUCAGCUCAUACCGAGAAGGCAGACGAUCAGAGACCAAGUCCUACGGAUGGACCAAAGCUAUCAGAAGCAGAGAGACCGAAGUCCAACGUGGAAUUUGCAGGACGACGCCGAGAACGACGUCAGCGCUCGACCGAUUCUGCUAAGGACAGUCGAAAGAGCUUGGCUUCAUCGGACAGCGAUCCCACUGACCGCAUCGAACAAGAGAUGAAACUGUUUGCGCCUAUUGACAACCAAUCUGAACGAGGAUCGGUGAGAGCACCCUCGGCUGAGCCUGUCACCGAGGAUGAGGAUAAGGACCUCGCCGACGAAACUCCUCGACCUACCAAGGUUGAUCCGCUGUCCCUUCCCACUCCUAAAGUAACGGGCGCCUAUGUUGAGACGCCUGCCACGGCCCGAGUCGAACGCAUCCAGGAAGACAUCAAACCCUUGACCAGGCCUGAAACGACUUCAACUGCAAGCCACAGCAGACCCCCAAGUCGUAGAGGCUCGCGCCCUUCAUCAUGGGCACCGUCCUUUCCCACAUUCGGCGAAUCGGGUCCCGAAGCAAGCGAUCGCAAAGAGCCUAUGACGGAGUCCGCAGGAACCGCCACGACCUCCAUACUGCGGCGUCGCACCAGGUCAUCCUCGAGGCCACGUCGUCCUCUAACCAACUCGGUCAAGCCACCGACUGUCAAGGACGAUCUCUUGGAGCUUCAGCGCAUACAUCAGAUUGAGGACUCAACUCUUGACGACUUCGAAGAACUGUUCAACUUGCAGAAACUUCAAGACGCCCCUCCCCCCGAGAUCGAAUCUAUGCUUGACGAGAUCUCGAUAAAACGAGAGGAAGUUGCGGCCAAGCCAAACCUGUCAAAGACCGAACGAGAUCGCGAAUUGGAACAAUACGACAGAAUGAGCAAGACAUUGAAAGAUGGGCUCCUGAACAUCCGGACAGCAAAGCAGGGUAUCGAGCGCCUGGAAGGGCAGGUAUCCCAUGCUGAAGGCAAACAAGGCGAUCGGAUGGCGAUCAAGGAGGCCUCAGAGAAGCAGCGAGUAGAAAAUACGUCGUUCCAUCAGCACCACCCGGAUCACGCUCGCGACUGUCCGGAUUGUAUCCGAGCAACUCCUGUCAAGGAGGUUUCCUACCUUCACCUUCCUGUGCCGAGCCUUUACAAGCGCAAGCCAUUCCGCCUGACUUUCGUUGGCCUGGUCUUCCUCAUCGUCUCACUGUGGUACGCUGCCGAGUCCGCCAUGUGCGAGCUUUACUGUCGGCCUGCCGCCUGCUCCUCAACACCAUGUGUGUGGUCAUCAACAGACCCUACCUGGGGUGUUGCCAUUCCAGUGAAGCUCGACGAGUGGGCUACAAAUGGGUGGGGCCGCCAAGUCGCUAAUCAGGUCUCUGAAGAUGCUUCAGAUCUCUGGGCAGACGCCGUCGACUUUGUCACCGGUACCGAUAUUACCACUGUUGACAUGAGCACUCUUGACUUCUACCAAAAGCGGCAGCACCGCCGCCGCCUUCGCAAGAAGGGAUUAUCGAAGCCGCUGGUUGAGUCAUCAGAAGACAAGGCCAAGUGGGAUGCGUGGCAUGCCGCGCGUGUAGCCAGCGAGAGAGUGGAGAAUGCAAGGGAGAUGGGUUACGAUAUCAGUGAAGCAGAUGAGAGCAUCGGAGGCGAUGAGAUGCUGUGA